AUGAAAUUUGAGUAUGACGAAAAUGGUGGUAAAUUUUAUUAUUUUUUAUUAUCAUUUUAUGCGUUAGUACUGAUUCCGACCACCUAUUGGCUAUGGCCAAAGCAAGAAAAACGAAAAACAACUCUACAUCCAGAAGAUAAAUCAAAUUUUUCACCAUGUCGUGAAAAAUAUCAGUUAUUAAAUGCUGGUGAACCAGUUAGACGUUUUCGAUUAAAAGCAAUUAAAUUUGUUUUUGUUAUGGCAUGGAUUAUAUUUGUUGUAUUAGCCUAUCGUGUAUCAUUAAUCGAAACUGAACACAAAGAUUAUGAUCCAUUUGCUGUACUUACAGUAGACAGAGAAGCAACUGUAGCUGAAAUCAAACGUGCUUAUCGUGAAUUAAGUAAAAAACAUCAUCCUGAUCGUGGUGGUGAUCCAGAACAGUUUAAACAAAUUGCCAAAGCUUAUAAAACAUUGACAAAUGAAGAGGCCAAAAAUAAUUGGAAACAGUAUGGUAAUCCAGAUGGACCUGGUGUAACUCACUUUGGUAUUGCGCUACCAAAAUGGCUUGUUGAUCAUAAAAAUUCUGUAUUUGUUCUCUUAACGUAUGCUGGAAUAUUUAUGAUUGUAUUGCCAGUUAUUGUGUGUGUUUGGUGGCAAAAAUCAGCACGUUUUGCCGGUGAUCAUAUUCUUAUUGAGACAGCACAAUUAUAUUAUAUUCUACUUGGACGAACACCAAAUAUGAUUGUUAAACGUGCACUGAUGAUAUUGGCCUCAUCAAUGGAAUUCGAAAAAACUCGAAAUCCAGCGAUUAUCGAACGUCCAAGUGAUAACACUGAAUUGCCUAAAUUAAUAAAAGAUUUACCAGAUGUACAAGAAAAAACAAAAGAACGUCCAUUUCAGUUUCCUUAUAGUUUAAAAGCUCGUGCUCUAUUACAUUCUCAUCUUCAACGUAUAACAAAUUUAAGUGAAAAUUUAGAAAAAGAUAGAAAAUAUGUGGUAAAAAGAUGCCCAUAUUUAAUCAAUGAAAUGGUUAAUAUCGAGGCACAACUUGUCGCUAUGGCACACGCUGGAAGACUUUCUCAUCCACCUCGUCUGGACUCAAUUGAAAAUACAAUGAAAUUAUCUCCAAUGAUUGUUCAAGCACUAUGGAAUACAAAGAGUCCAUUAUUACAACUUCCACAUAUAACAGAAAAUCAUUUAAGAUAUUUUGAAUCAAAAAAACGUACAAUUAAAUCCAUCAAACAAUUUGCUACAAUGAAUGAUGAACAACGUCGUUCGAUGUUAAGAAGUAUAAGUGAUGAACAAUAUGAUGACAUCAUGAGUGUUUUAAAGAUAUAUCCAUACAUAACAAUAAAAGUCAAAUCGGAAGUUUUUGAUGAUGAAGACGAACGUUUAGUGACAACCGGCGCUGUUGUUACAUUAACUGUAAAACUUACACGAGAAAAUAUGUCAGUAUUAUUUAACAAAGAACACCAUAUUUCAAAUGAGCAACAUCAGAUUCUAGUAGAAAAUCAACAACAAGACGAUGAAAAUGAUAAAGAGAAAGGGAAAGAGAAAGAGAAAGUAAGAUAA